GUUUUGAUUCGUUUUGUCUAUGCUCCAUUUAACUUUAUGACCCGUAUACACUACACCUAAGUUUUUUACAUUUACCUUUCACACAGAUUACCAAUUAGACUAUGGAUGAUUUAAAUCCCCUGGCCGGCACUGCUCAUUUACUGGAAGAAGUUGAUAAAAAAUUAAUGGUGCUGCUCCGGGACGGAAGAACACUUAUUGGAUAUUUACGUUCGGUGGAUCAAUUUGCAAAUUUAGUUUUGCACCGCACCAUAGAGCGCAUUCAUGUUGGCAAUGAGUACGGUGAUAUACCGCGUGGAGUUUUUAUUAUACGAGGAGAGAAUGUUGUGCUAUUGGGGGAAAUCGAUCGUGAAAAAGAAUCGAAACUACCCUUGAAAGAGAUUUCUGUGGAUGAUAUUCUGGAUGCUCAACGACGUGAACAGGAACAACGACAAGAAAAACAUCGUCUUAUAUCAAAGGCUUUAAAAGAACGCGGCUUAGCAGUUAAUACCGAUAUAAUUAAUGAAGACUUUUGUUAGUCAUAUUAGAAGCUAUCGUUUUUUGUAUCAAUAAAAAGUUUAAGUGUACAAUGUCAAAAAUAUAAGAACAAAUGUGAUUCUAAAUGCUCUCGCUCUCUCUAUGUACCCAA